GUAGCUAAGAGCACCUCGUCGGGUCUGGUUCUGGACAGGUGACGACGGAAUAAAAAACAAAGCUGGAAAGCUUGGCGUGUGUUUACGUUGAUAAACAACCUGCGCAUAUGUACGAGUUCACUUCAAGCCCAAUAUAGCUUUAAUAUUUGCUUUUUGGCAACGAUCAGAUGCUGCAGAAUUAAAGUGAAUGUCUAUCCGGAAAGGCAAUUUAUGGUGAUUCGACGAGGCGUCUGUGACGGAGGCGGCAGCGACAUGUCCAAGGCAUCCGAUUCUUACUUUGUGGGCGUUGAUGUGGGCACGGGGAGUGCGAGAGCGGCGCUGGUGGCGUCCAAUGGACGUGUCCUGGAGCAGGCGGUUCAGGAAAUCAAAACGUGGACACCGGAACCGCAUUACUACGAGCAAUCCUCGGAAGAUAUAUGGCGAGCCAUCUGUCAGGUUGUGAAGCAUGUCAUUGCCGGCAUCAAUAAGUCACAAGUCAAGGGCAUUGGCUUCGAUGCCACUUGCUCCCUGGUUGUUCUGGGUCCCCAAGGAGUUCCCCUGACGGUAAGCAAGUCUGGCGAGGCGGAGAGGAAUAUAAUUCUCUGGAUGGAUCACCGAGCCGAGGAGGAGACUGCCAAGAUAAAUGCCACCAAGCAUCCACUUUUAAAAUAUGUUGGUGGUCAGGUUUCCCUAGAGAUGGAGGUCCCGAAACUGCUGUGGCUGAAGAGGAAUCUCUCGAAAACAUUCACCAACAUCUGGCGGGUGUUUGAUCUGCCGGAUUUUCUCACUUGGCGGGCCACUGAUGUGGAUACUCGCUCGCUGUGUUCCGUGGUCUGCAAGUGGAACUAUGAUGCAGCAAAUAAUAGUUGGAAUAAGGAGUUUCUCAAGCAGGCGGAUCUAGAGGAGUUGACGCUGAAGAACUUCGAGAAGCUGGGUAGUGAUGUCCAGCCACCGGGCAGAAAGGUGGGCAAAGGUCUGUCCACUAAAGCUGCCAUGGAAUUGGGUCUGAGUCCAGGUACUGUGGUGAGCACAUCCCUGAUUGAUGCUCAUGCCGGUGCUCUGGGUAUGUUUGGCUGUCGUGCCAAGGGCUCUAAAGGUGAAGCGGACGAUGUUCAGGGCAAGAUGGCUUUGAUAGCUGGCACUUCCACCUGCCACAUGAGCAUUACGCGGGAUGCAUGCUUCGCCCAGGGCGUGUGGGGUCCUUACCAGGAUGCCAUUAUACCCGGUUACUUCCUGAACGAGGGAGGUCAAAGUAUAGCGGGUCAUCUGUUGGAUCAUGUCCUUAAAACCCAUGAAGCCUACGCUGAACUCAAGGCCAAAGUGGGAGCGGAUAAAAAUAUUUACCAGCAUCUCAACAAUUUGCUGCCCGAACUGGCCGCUGCCCGUGGUCUUAGUGAGGUCAGCUGCCUAACCCAGGAUGUCCAUGUGUGGCCGGAUUUGCAUGGAAAUCGUUCGCCCAUUGCCGAUCCUACGCUUCGAGGAAUUAUCACUGGCCUGGAUAUGACGCGAGGAAUUGAAUCUCUGGCCAUCAAAUACUUGUCUUUCGUUCAAGCCUUAGCUUACGGAACGCGUCAUAUAAUAGAGAACCUGUAUCAACACAAGCGGGCUCCGUUCCAGACUCUCCUCUUCUGCGGUGGCUUGGCCAAAAAUCCAUUGUAUGUGCAAUGUCAUGCGGAUAUCUGCAAUCUGCCCGCCUUGAUACCCGAUGAACAGGAAAUGGUCCUAGUGGGCGCGGCUGCCUUGGGUGCGGCUGCCUCAGGACAUUUUGACAGCUUGGAGAGUGCCUCCAAGGCCAUGGGUGGCAGUGGCCAGCUUUUGAAGCCAAACCUUAAAACCCUGGAGUUUCACAAUCGCAAGUACAAGGUGUUCCUGACGCUCCUAGAGAACCAACGCCUCUACAGACUCAUUAUGCAGGGAGAACAACUUUGAAUGUUCGUUAGGGCUUUCACUUUAAAUAAUUUGAUUUAAAUAAAUGCCGUACAUGAGAGCAUUGUAAACAAAAAAUAAAGAGUAGCCGGCGCUCAGGUACAAACGGU